AUGGGCUCCCUCGGCCAGACCGCGUCCCUGCGGGUGCAGCCCCUCAAGAAGGGCACCUCGAUCGACCACCUCGAGUACGUCGACGUGACCCCCAUCAUCGGCCGCGAGUACCCGACCGCCUCCCUCAAGGAGAUGCUCGACGCCCCCAACUCGGACGACCAGCUGCGCGACCUGGCCAUCACCAUCUGCGAGCGCGGCGUCGUCUUCUUCCGCAAGCCGCAGGACGACCUCUCGGUCGAGGAGCAGAAGCACAUCACCGACCUGCUCGGCAAGCUGACCGGCCGCCCGGCCGAGAACGGCCUGCACGUGCACCCCAUCUACAACGACCCCAACAACCUGCCCAUGGCCGACGGCACCACCGACAAGAACAUCUACGUCAUCAACUCCGAGGCCGCCAAGAAGCUCUACGCCACCAUGAAGAACCGGCCCGGCACCGCCGGCGAGCCCCGCGACCUCGGCCGCGAGUGGCACUCGGACAGCCUCUACGAGAACUGCCCGUCCGACUUCUCCUUCCUGCGCAUGCAGGACACCCCCGCCGCGGGCGGCGACACCCUCUGGUGCUCCGGGUACGAGAUCUACGACCGCCUCUCGGAGCCCUACAAGCGCUUCUUCGAGUCCCUGACCGCGACCUGCGCCCAGCCGGUGUUCAAGUCGGCCUGCGAGGCCGGAGGCUACGACGUCAUGACCCCGCGCGGCAGCCCGCUCAACAAGGACUACGAGUUCAGCCCGUCGCACCCCGUCGUCCGCACCCACCCCGUCACGGGCUGGAAGUCCGUCUUCGCCGGCGUGGGCAUCCACGUCAGCCGCAUCAACGACGUGACGAGCUACGAGGACACCAUGAUCCGCGAGUACGUCCUCCGCCUCAUCACGCGCAACCACGACGCCAUCGCCCGCAUGCACUGGACCCGCGGCGCCUGCGCCAUCUGGAGCAACGAGUGCACUUUCCACGCUGCUACCCCUGACACCCACCUCGUCGAUGGUGUGAGGACAGGUGUCCGCGCUUCUGGCAUCGGUGGUGUUCCAUAUCUGGAUCCCGCCAGCACUGGCCGACGAGAGGCACUGGGUCUGCCCAAGUACUAA